UCGUCUCUCGCAGAUGCAGCUCAAUCCACAAGCCAGGUAUCCUUGGCAACGAGACGCGGCUUGACAUCAUGGCGGACUUCCUGCACUGGAACUGCGAGGCGGUCUCGGAAUGGAUCGAGUCCCUCGGUUUCCCUCAAUACAAGGAGUGUUUUACAGAUAACUUCAUUGAUGGUAGAAAAUUAAUCUUUAUUGACUGCUCCACACUUCCUCGAAUUGGCAUAACAGACUUUGAAGACAUGAAGGCAGUUUCACGGCACAUCAGGGAGCUUCUAGAAAUUGAAGAACCCCAGUGGGACCGAAGCAUCGCACUGCCACGUCGGGACAUGAAAGGACUGUUUCUGGAAAGGAAGAGUCAGACGGGACGGAAAGCAGACAAACUCACCUACGAUUUGUUUAUUAAGGAGAUGGAGACAUAGUCGGAGCUGGACUUCUAUUUCUCCUCAGAUUCCAACAAACCUUUCGUGUUAUUCUUUUAAACUGUCUUGUAUGUUAAUUAAAUUAAUUCUUUGGUUUUGUAAGACAUUUUAAACUAUCCAGAAUAUGAUGAGAAAUCCUUUUGAAAGCAUAAUCCUGUUUUCACUGUUCCAUUCAAAAUCAACAAGAAACAAGUUGUAGUGUUUAGCUAAUGAAAGCCGUAAAUGUUUACGGAGUCCGUCAGCACAGCACAGCCGCAGAAUGUCAUUUUUUUCCAUCGAUGUUCCUAUGUAAGCUGCCUUGCCGUUUCACAUUCUUU